GCAAAGAGUAUAAUUCCAGCACAAAACAAAAACAUUUUUUGCUGCACCGUGUUGUAUCAAACAUAGAUGUAGAUCCUGUUGUAACCUCUGGUCAUUCUUCUGAAGGCAUUUCGAAAGGGAUGAUGCCGAAUUUCUACGAUCAUUCACGCCCCACUAUGGUCCCGACUAGCUCCGCAAUGCUAGGGCCUCCGACCAAUAGUGGGGAGAAUAAUUCGAAAAAGCAACACAUUCAAAUUCCAUUCGAUUUGGAAGCAACACUGCAAGCAGUGGAUAAUGAAGUACUGGAAGGUGAAGAAGGUAGCUGUCCCAUUUGCAAUAAAACUUUCAGUAGGAAAUCGUCACUGCUUAAUCACAUACGAAAUCACACCGCUGAGAAAAAGUACAUCUGCGAGUACUGUCAGAAGGGUUUUUCCCAGCAGGCCAACCUUCGUAACCACGUUCGAAUUCACACAAACGAGCGGCCAUAUGUUUGCAUAGAUUGCGGUAAGGCAUUUACUCAAAUUACGAAUCUGAACAACCACAGGCGGUUACACACCGGCGAAAGACCUUACGUGUGCAUCGAAGCCAACUGCGGUCGCUCCUUUGCACAGGUGACCAACCUGAACAAUCACAUGAAAACGCACCACAAAACCCAACAGUACGUAUGCAAUCAGUGUCCGAGACGAUUCUAUCAAGCGACACAGUUGAAUCUUCACUUGAUCUCGGAACACAGUACGACGAAAACCUUUUUCUGUCCGCAAUGUCCCGACAAGCGUUUCAAGUCACAAUCACUUUUUCAACACCAUCUGAAAAUCCACGGCUCGAACUUUGGCUUUCCGUGCUCGAAGUGCGACGAAAGGUUCAUUCAGGAAUCGCAUCUCAUACUGCACAUGACCCAUCAGCACGGCGAUUACGCGUGCAGCAUGUGCUCGAUGACGUUCAACGAUGAAGUUUUGCUGAAAAAGCAUGUCCAAAGGCACUUGGAUGGAAGGUAUUUAACCUGCCCGGUGCUGGGUUGCAACGAGGGAUUCACCAUGAAGAACCACCUCACCAAGCACAUGCAAAUGCGCCAUCCGGCGAUCGAUCUCAAGAAGGGUGGCUCCAGCGCGGGAGCCGUGCUGGAUACGGCCAAGCGACCGCCCAAGCACUGCUGCCAUUACUUCAACUGUAACGAAUCGUUCGACACUUCCGACGGGCUGAGCAAUCACCUGCGAACGGUUCACGGAUUGCCGAUUGCUUUGCCGCCGUCGGCGGCUGAACAGAAGAAGCAACAUCAUUCGCAGCACCAUCCGUCGGCGGUACUGGGGACGGAUAUCAGCAUGCAACACUUGUCCUCCCAUUCGGUUGCGGCGCCGCAACCUGCACCGGUAUUGGGUGCAAGUUUUCAGUCGUAUCAGCAACAGCUGAGUGAGGCUCAGCAGUUGCAGCAGCAACAGCAGGAAAAGCAGAAAGUUUACACGGUUUCCGACUUGCUCACCAUGAGCGAAGAGCUGCAGCAUCACCAUAAUCAGCAGCAAAAGCAGCGUAGUCAGCAGCAGCAGCACCAACAGCACAACGGAUCAACCGAGGCCGUUGAGCAGCACAUAGAAGUAAAGCAAGAAUCGCAAUAAACUGUUUGUACUGUUCUGUAUUCUAUACCUUUUUCGAUUAGAAUCUAAUUGUGUGAAACUUUUCGAUCACUUAUCAAAUUGCUUUGAAAUUUUCUAUUGACUGAAUUGACUACCGGAUUGACUGACGCUAGUUUAAAAUUAUAAAUUAAAAAAAAAGUCUUACGUUAAAGCAUGCAAUUUUUAGUAACGCAGUUACAGCUUUUAAUCGAAUGAAUGUCGCCAUAGUUUUUCUUUAUUUAUUUACUCAUUUAUGUUUAGAUUUAACA